UACCUUUAUCUAAGGAGUUGUCUCCUAAGACGACUGAGGAGAUAGAGGACAUGAAGACAGUUCCUUAUGCUUCGGCAGUAGGAAGUCUCAUGUAUGCAAUGUUGUGCACUAGGCCUGAUAUUAGCUACGCCGUUGGCAUGGUAGCGAUAUAUCAAAGUAAUCCAGAAAGAGAACAUUGGGCUGCAGUGAAACAUAUACUCAAGUACCUGCGAAGGACUAAGGAGUACAUGUUAGUUUACCGUGCAGACAGUUUGUCUCCGCUGGGUUACAGCGAUUCUGAUUUUCUGUCAGAAAGGGACGAAAGUAAGUCAACCUCAGGUUAUGUGUUUAACUUGGGAGGUGGAGCUAUUUCAUGGAGGAGUGCUAAGCAGAAGUGCGUAGCAGACUCCACUAUGGAAGCCGAGUACAUCGCAGCCUCUGAGGCAGCGAAAGAGGCAGUUUGGCUCAAAAACUUCUUAGUGGACUUAGAGGUGAUUCCGAGUUUGCCACGUGUUAUUACCGUGCACUGUGAUAACAGUGGAGCAGUAGCAAACUCAAGAGAACCACGAGCCCACAGAGCAAGCAAAAACAUAGAGCGCAAAUACCACUUUAUCAGAGAUAUUGUGGCAAGAGGAGAAGUUGAGAUCACCAAGAUUGCAUCAGAAGACAAGCUAGCUGAUCCUUUUACGAAGAGUUUGCCGGAGAAGAUUAAAAUAGCCCUCGGGAAUGGGAAAGAAGCUUCGAGCAUGCUUGAUCUCGGAGCGGGAAUUAACCUCAUGCAAUUCUCUAUCUUCCAUAGGCUCGGUCUCAGAGACUUGAGACCCACUCGGAUGUGCUUGCAGCUGGCCGAACGUUCGAUCCGAUACCCCAAGGAGGUGGUGGAAGAUGUCCUUGUUCGAGUAAGGAAGCUUAUCGCCCUGGCGGACUUUAUUGUUCUAGAUGUGGGGAACGUUCAGAAGAAUGGGAAGAAUCACACCAUCCUUCUCGGCAGACCAUUUAUGGCCACCACCAACACUCUCAUUGAUGUAAGGAAUGAGACCUUGAACAUGAGAGUCCUAGGAGAGUCGGUGUCCAUUUCUGUCCGAGAAGCCACCUCAGCAUCCUCGGUGAACUUUGUGGAGGAGUGUACCUUUGUCGAUGUGAGUGACCCGUUCAUGGAAGAGAUUAUUGUACGAGAUUUGGAAGAGAGGUUGAUGCCCGACCUUGAAGAGGAAGAAGAGCCAACUAUUGAGCUCUUUGUAGUCGACGAGCCCGACAAACCAAACCCAUCCACACUAGAGCUCAAAGAACUUCUCCGCCACCUCAA